CAUCAAUUCAAGUCGAUUUUCUGUGAACUAUUUUUAUGUAUAAGAAAAAGAGACCGAUUUCCGAUUUGCAGAUUAAAAUCACGGUGAAAUGGAUCAAGAGGACGACAAUUCUGAUGAGUGGCAAGCCGUGGAAGAAGAGUACCUAAUAGACGAAUCGCUGCCAGGAAGUGAUAAGGAUCCCUUCAUCAUAGACGACUGUCAGGACGACGAUAAAAACGGAUCCGCGAUAUGUGAAAACAGUACGGACCUGUUUUGUACCCAGCACGAUUCGACGAUCGAUGGUUCGGGCCAAGAGGAAAGCAAAGUUGUGGAAAAAUCAGUGAAAAAAAAGUUUUUCUUUCUUGCGAAUUAUGUGCUGAAAAAGUAUCCGCGGCAGAAAACUGGUGUAUGUAUCAACGAGAAAACGAAUGUUCCUGAGACCGUUUCUGGAGAUAGCCUCUCUGAAGUGCAAGAGUGCAUCUGGAAUUAUGUUAAACCUCAUCUGUGCCGGGAAAUCGAUGUACACGAAGCGAACGGAAUUAAAGUGUCUUGGUCAGUAAAGGAUCAACCAGACAUUCGUGACAUCCAUAAAUUUGUUUACCUGAGAGAUUCAAAGCGGAAAAAUAUUAUUAAAAUGGACCAGUUGGGAGAAGGAAAAAUCAUGCUAAAUUGGAGAGAAAAGGUUAUAAACGUAUUCGCAUUUGCAUAUUCACUAUCCAUCAGUUCCGUGGCGGUCUGGGAAGAAGUAAACAAGUGUCUACUACAACCUAAGGAUACGGACAGAGCUGGAGCACCAAGCAAUAUUAUCCUUGAAGAACUGGUUCAGGAGUUGAAGUCUAAAAACUCCCAUUUGAAAAGCCACGACUCUGGAUGGAUUCAGUGGGCCAAUUGGAUUUAUGCAUCACCAGCACACAUGCAGGUAGAAUUGAUGACGCAGCUACCACCCACAGAAUUAAGGACUAUGUUCUGGUCUCUUCCUGUGUCCGAAGGAAGCCGAGCAGAAUGCAUUCGUGAAGGUAUGAUUAUUGCACAGAAUAUUGUGGAUAACCUAACUCCAAGUGUUCAAACUUUGUUCGAGCAGUCAGAAAAGCUGACUAACUUUGCUCUAGAAGUAAAACUAUUGGCUCAAGGUUUGAAAGACAAAUUGAACAUGUGCAAUGAUAUGUUGAAAGGUAUGCAAAGCGCCACGACGCCACAAGAGUCGAUUUUAAGCAAACGGUUGAGCGAAGAGGUUGGAGAUAUGAUGGAUUUUGAUCAUAGUUAA